AUGAGCAUCGGCCAUCGGAUGGGGGUUUUGACUGGGGUUCCCAACAAGGUGGCAGAAGAUUAUUGGUGGGCCGUUUUGGAGGCCGAGCCUGGCAGUCGUAAAAGAGAUUAUCUGCGGACUCUUCCAGAGAGUCUCCAAGAUGGGUUCGAUUGUCUCUUGCCAAUAACCGGGAUCUGGGCAGGUAUGAAUAUUGGUGUUCUCCAUAAACUGAAAGCGAUGAAAUGCGACGAAACAUUUCUUAGACUUGUUGAUGGAAAUGUUGAUCUCUUGUCGAAGAUUGACUCAUCAACGGUCAAGUUUAUCAAGUCACGAGCCCCGAAGGUCUCCCCCCAGGAUCUGGCAGAUAUGCAGGAGGAAUGGGACAAGCAUAAAUUGUUCUGCUUCAUGGAUGAACAUCAUCGUAAAGCAGCUUGGGAAAGGUUGAAAGAGAUAGACUUUUUGAUCCCCACCCUUGAGACUUUUUUCCAGGAUGUUCUAUUUCUCGAUGUUGGCCGAACAGUCUUGAGACAAUUGUGUUUGACACCACCAAAAGGAGAAGGCACAAUCGACCAGACCCUGAGAAGCCAAUAUACAGGAUAUCCCCCUGCUUUCUUGUCAAGAACAUACUGGGAUAAAAUGAUCGUUGAUGGAAGCCUAUGUGACCUCUGGAGGUUCAGCCUUCAAUAUGCCUUUGAAAUGACAAAUAAGAGAGACCACCAUCGCCGUGUUCCACGAAAGCAUAAAGACAAGACACGUGCCAUAGAGUUAGGCUUGAAUGAAUGGCGAGAUAGAGAUUCAUUAUCACUUUUGCACCACUUUCUUGCACUAGCCUCGCGCCAUGAAUUUAACGUUCCAUUUCGGGAAAACUAUGUAUCUACUGAGAUUGAGCUUUCCAGCCCACCGCCCUAUGACUUUCCUCCUGAGGCUGAAGGUGAUGUUGAUAUUGAGCGACGAUGCGGUAAUCCGUUUACCGACUCCAUUGACGCUGAUAUUUUUGCUCUAUCAAGAGAGGCAUUGAGAAAUGAUUGGUCAGAGCAGAGGGUCAGUGCGUGCUUUGUACGUCGGUGCGUCUUUCUGGCUUUCUUUUCUUAUCUCAUCCCCGAAGAUACCGAUAGACAAAUCAGCGGUGUCAUGGGACCGGUAUAUGACGAUACCACCAUAAAUUUGGAGGGUGAUAUCUCAAGUCUAUCAACUUCGAGUUCUCCAGAUAUUCAGUCUAUGUGA